AUGGAUGCGUUCGAGAGACGGUUCGGCUUGCGUGCUAUCUGCUCCUUCUAUAUACAGCCGACGCUGUUGUCCUCUGUUCGUCCUUCCGCCUCGCUCCAGCUGUCGCCUCUCGUUCUCUGCUCCUCGUUUCGCCUCAACUCCACCCGCCGCUGCCGUUGCUUCCGUGGCUCGCCAUCAAUCACCAUCGCCAUCGCUUUGCUUGUUGCCUACUUGCCGCGUCGCCGUUGUACUUCCUCAUGGCUCCUCUCGCUGCUGCUGUUGCGUUUGGUUAGGGGUGCAUGUGGCUGCUUUGUCGUGCGUCCGUGCGGCUGUUUGUUCCUUCUUUUCCGAGAAAUCGCACUAAUCGGUUCGUCGUCAGAUUUGCCUUGCUGUUUCAUGUGCUCAAAGGAUCAUCUUUCUCUUCAGUAUUUUCAGGUUAACUAUACUGAAGAGAACCUGCUCGACUACAUUGAUCCAAACAAUGAUACACUCAUGAUGAGACUUGCUGAUGACAAUUUGGUCGCCAAGUGUCGCAUCAUGGUAGCAACUGACAAGAGGACCACUAUAACCACCAACUGGUCUGAGUUUCGUCGCCGCGCCAACAUUCGUGAAGGAGAUGUCUGUGCAUUUCGUUUUAGGAUCACUUCAAAGCGCCGCCUGGUUCUCAUCGUGCACCACCUCUAG